UCAGGUUUUCUCAGAUUAGGUAAAAUGGCUGUAGUAUACGCAGGUUUUGUGUUGAUGUUCUUCAAUUAAUUUAAGUUUUAAAGUGUUGUGAUGUAUGAUCGCGUCUUAAUUUAGUGAAAAAAUAAGUUUUUAGUGAUUCCAGUAAACUUCAACAACAAUCAUUAGGUUGGACUUUGUUAUAGUUACUUUAUAAAUAAGGAUGAACCGGCUGCUGGAUACCCUGUGCUGACCUCUUGGUUUCGGCCGCCGCCGACACCGCCAUGGGCAAUAACUGCUGCUGUUGCGGCAGCCGACGCUCGCAGCCUGACAGACUCGUCUAUCCGGGCGGAAUCAAAACAGCACAUGGAUUGGACGGUGGUCCACCUCGACUGACAAUCAACAAUCCCUACACACCGGACCCUCAGCGCAGUCACGUGGACAUCAUAAGGAGCCGGCCGACCCCCACACGGCCCCCUCUUUCAGUAAAGGGCCGCAUCGUCGUGGCUCUUUACAACUACGAGGCCCGAGACAGCAGUGAUGUCUCGUUUAAAAAAGGCGAUCGCAUGGAAGUCAUCGACGACUCCGAAGGCGAUUGGCUGAAUGUGAUACAUCUCAUAACCAAAGUCCAGGGAUACAUCCCGGGGAAUUUCGUAGCGGCCGAAUUGAGUGUCGAAAGCGAAGACUGGUUUUUUGAAAACGUAUCGCGAAAGGAAGCCGAAAAGCUUCUUCUAGCCGAGGAAAAUCCACGAGGAACUUUCCUAGUCCGUCCUUCUGAGCAUAAUCCCAAUGGGUAUUCGCUCUCAGUGAAAGACUGGGAGGAGAUCCGGGAAUACCACGUGAAACACUACAAAAUCAAGCCACUAGAUAACGGCGGUUUUUACAUUUCCACCAACAAAACAUUCCUCACUUUAGUCGAAUUAGUCAAUGCUUACACCAAAAACGCUUAUGGCCUUUGCCACGUCUUGUCGAAGCCCUGUCCCAAGCCCCAGCCCACGAUGUGGGACUUGGGGCCCACAUACCGGGACAAGUGGGAGAUCCCACGCGAGGAAAUCCAACUCAUCCAGCGUCUCGGCCGCGGCAACUUCGGUGAAGUCUGGUACGGAAAAUGGAAGAACAACAUCGAAGUCGCCGUUAAAAUGCUGCGAGAAGGCACAAUGUCCACUCAGGCCUUCUUGCAAGAAGCAGCAAUCAUGAAAAAAUUCCGUCACAAACGGUUGGUAACCCUGUUCGGGGUUUGCAGCGAACACGAGCCGAUUUACAUCGUCCAGGAGUACAUGUCGAAGGGCAGCCUCCUCGAUUUUCUCCGAAAGGACGAAGGCAGAGAGUUGGAAUUCGAGGAUUUGGUGUACAUAGCGUUCCAAGUGGCCAGCGGGAUGGAGUACCUCGAGUCCAAACAACUCAUCCAUCGGGAUUUGGCCGCGAGGAACGUUCUAAUUGGUGAAAAUAACAUUGCGAAAAUUUGCGAUUUCGGACUUGCGAGAGUGAUAGAAGAUAACGAGUAUUGUCCCAAGCAAGGGUCCAGGUUCCCCGUCAAGUGGACGGCACCGGAGGCCAUAGUUUACGGGAAAUUCUCCAUAAAAUCGGACGUUUGGUCGUAUGGAAUUUUCUUGAUGGAACUGUUCACGUAUGGACAGGUCCCAUACCCCGGAAUGCACGGCCGAGAGGUCAUAGAUAUGGUCGAAAAGGGGUACCGAAUGGGCAAACCCACGUCGCAUGCCCUCCCGGAUGAAAUCUACUCGAUUAUGUUACAAUGCUGGGACGCAAAGCCCGAAAAUAGGCCCACUUUUGAUUUCUUGACUCACUAUUUCGAAGGGUUCAAUGUGACGUCAGAAGUACCCUACAGGGAAGUGCCAGACUAGAGUUUCUUUGUACUUAAUUUGUGGAUCAAUACGUAUAAGCAACACGACUAGAUCUCAUUUUGUGUUUGGUUUUUCCACUCGCCCGUUUGCUUGCCGCACAUUUCUUCAAAAAUUCAAAACUAAGACUGGUUUUAUUUGGAGUGCAGGAGCCACGUACGAUAUGACGCAGUACAAAAAGGCAAAAUUCAAGUGACCUAUUCGAGAAUUUAACUUUUAUACGACUUUUUGUACGUCUUUUUACUCAAAAUAUUGGACGUGGACCAAUACUUUGCUUCCUUUCUUCAGUGUAUUGUAUGUGUGGUUGUCAAUGGCGUCUUUUUCGGUUCGAAAUAUAACAUGUGGUGGAUAAGGAGCUCUCUAUUUUUGACGGAGACCACACGUGGCAUUUCCAACCGAACUUGGAGCUCUUUUAUUUGGUUUUGUGCAAUAAACAAUGUACAAAAUUCAUUCUAAAUUAUUGAGAAACUUAUUUUUAGAGUUAUAUAAGUGUUAAUCACGUCUUAAAUGUAUUGCUUUUAUUUUUUGUUUUAAGUAUAUUUUUUAUUCGUCUUUGUUUUAUGAGGAAAAAUAGUCAUGAUAGUGAUCGUGAGUGUAUUAGUAUAAUUAUUUAUGUUUCAAAUGGUUAUACAGUCAGAUUUGAUCCAGUCAAGUUUUAUCUGUUCUUAAGAAAAGCCAUAUGUUAUUGAUUUUUAUAUAGGAACAAUCAUAUUAAAUUUUGUACAUAUACAGUAUGAAUAAAACAUUGUGCUACUCA